AUGGAAAACCAAUCUUCAACAACCUCUUCAUCGAUGCAGUUUCUCAUCCUCGAACAAGUUCAAUUCUUGAAGGUAAACGACGAUUCUCUUCUUCAAUGGGAACUUGUCGAUGUCGUUGACACCGAAGAAGAAAUGGUUGAUGAUGUUGACGGGGAAUCUUUCAUUUCUUGGGCUGUUUCUUCUCCAAUCGGCGACUCAAUUGAAGGAAUAAACCACCGUCUUCUUCAUCUCGAUGAUGGGUUCAGUGAGGAACAGGUUAGGGUUAACCAUGAUGUUGUUGAUGAUGAUGAUGAUGAUGAAGACGACGACGAUGAUGAUGAUUUGGAUGAUGAGCUUGUUCCAUGGGAUAUAGGGAACAAAUUGGGAAGACAGAGAAUGAGGAAAUUGGGGAAAAGGGUUUCAUCAAAGAUGAACAAUUCGAAAAGGUCUCCAUAUCUUUUUGUGAGUCCUGGUUGUGUUCGUGGCAAACAUGGCAUGGGGCUUAAACACUGUUUCUAA